AUGUCCAGCAAGGUGGCCACUGGCAGUGAUAUUGGGCAGGCCCGUCGGGCUGUGGAGCAGCUGCGGAUGGAGGCAGGCAUUGACCGCGUGAAGGUGUCCAAGGCGGCCACCGACCUGCUGCAGUUCUGCACGGAGCAGGCCAAGAGCGAUCCUUUCCUUGUGGGUAUUCCAGCUGCCACCAACCCCUUCAAGGAGAAGAAGCCCUGUACCAUCUUAUGACCCUGCGGCCUGCGACCCAGAGCCCCUCAAUAAACAUGAAGUGAAUGCUUCUU